UCGGCUCCGGACGACAAUCGAUCAGUUUCUUACACUUUUCUUACACAAGACGGCAUAUCGAACCUGAAUACUUCCCCGUUUCUUUUCUUUUUAAUCAUUAUUAUCAAUAAUCGAUACUUACUCUGCUGUGGCGACUUUUAUUUUAUGUAAAGUGCGCGCGCAGCUGGAGCGCGCGCGAGGAGCGUCGGAGGCGCCGCCGGCAUGGAGGAUAAGGGCGAGACGGUGCAGCUGCGGCCGGUCGCCGACGCCGCCGAGAGCUCUUCGCCGAUACCCGCCAAGGAGGAUUCCGAGGAAGACUAUGACCCCCAUCUACACCGCGACCUGCCAAAGCCCACUAACAACGUGGAGACGCUGGUGCACCUGCUGAAGUGCAGCCUGGGCACCGGCAUCCUGGCCAUGCCGCAGGCCUUCGCGCGCGCCGGCCUCGUCACCGGCGUGCUGGCCACAGUGCUGGUCGGCGUCCUGGUCACGCACUGCCUGCACGUGCUCGUGCGGUCGCAGUACGCGGCGUGCAAGCAGCUGCGGGUGCCGCUACUGGCGUACCCCGACUCGGUGGCGUGCGCGCUGGGCCGCGGGCCGCCCGCGCUGCGCCGCCUGGCGCGCCCCGCCGCGCUGGCCGUGGACGUGUUCCUCGUGGUGUACCAGCUGGGCAUCUGCUGCGUCUACAUCGUCUUCAUCGCCGACAACAUCAAAAAGGUGGUGGACCCGUACUACCAGAUGGCGGUGGAGAUCCACAUGCUCAUCAUCCUGGGGCCGCUCAUCGCCUUCAACCUGAUCCCGAGCCUGAAGAUGCUGGCGCCGUUCUCCGCGCUGGCCAACGUGCUGACGUUCGUGGGGCUCGGCAUCGUGGUGUACUACCUGCUGGCCGGCAAGAAGCCGGAGGCACGCGACGAGCCGCUGGACCUGUGGGGGUCCGCCGAGACCUUCCCCUUGUUCUUCGGAACGACGUUGUUCGCGCUCACGGCCGUCGGCGUGGUUAUCGCUCUGGAGAACAACAUGAAGACGCCGAAAGCGUUCGGCGCGCCGUGCGGCGUGCUCAACUCCGGGAUGGCCAUCAUCGUGCUGCUGUACGUCACCGUGGGAGCCAUCGGCUACGUGUUCUGCGUGUCGCAGUGCAGCGACUCCAUCACGCUGGACCUGCCCAAGGACGACCCGCUGGCGACGAGCGUGAUCAUCAUGUUCGCGGUGGCCAUCUUCAUCAGCUACUGCCUCCACUGCUACGUGCCCGUGGAGGUGCUGUGGAAGGGCUACAUCCUGCCGCGCGUGCAGCGCUCGGCGCCGGGCCGCGAGCGCCUGUGCGAGUACGCGCUGCGCGUGGCGCUCUGCCUGCUGACGUUCGUGCUGGCGGUGGCGGUGCCGCGGCUCGGGCUGUUCAUCUCGCUGUUCGGCGCGCUGUGCCUGUCGGCGCUCGGCAUCUGCUUCCCCGCGCUGAUGGAGAUCUGCGUGCACUUCCCGCAGCGCGCCAGCGCGGCGCGCAGCGUGCUGUUCGGCAAGGACGUGCUGCUGUUGCUGGUGGGCUUGGUGGGGCUGGUGGCCGGCACCUACACGGCGCUGGUGAGCAUCGUGCGCUCGUUCGCCUGACGCGCGCGCCGAGCUCCGAGCUCGUGAGCUCGAGCGUGGCGGCCGCACACGAUCCCAAACAUUUCAUCAAAAUAACUGCCCUACGACCUGUAUGAUUUAUCUAUAUUAUACGUAUUAUACAGGGUGGAAUUUUGUAAUGCCACCUGAAGGGAAAGUAGGUACUCUUAAUACUGUAGAUAGAAAAUUUUACUCAAAGAAAACAUUCCUUUAUUUUUGAAUAAAAAGAAAACUGUAUUCAAAGAUUCUCGAAAAUUCACUUGCUACACCCGGGAAUCGAACCGACUAAAAUCUGUAAAAAUUACAACCUGUACUUUUAUUGCAUAUAUUUAGGAUCAAUAAGGAUCAAAUCUCUCUAAGAAACUUGAUAAAUUUAAUGAAAGGAAAAAAAUUAAAUUUUGACUAAUAAAUUCAAUGAGUCAAGUUAAAGCUCAUUAACUCAAAGAUCCAUCUGGCUAUUUAUGUAUCUAAGAAAGGAGUCUGCAUUACAAACGCGUGCAAAUUUCAAUCGUCUUAUCGAAAUAGUAAUUCGUCAUUUUAAUGGAUAAAUGACGUCAAUAAUAAUUAUUAUUAAUUACUAACAUAAGUAAACAAAGUAUCUUUGAGUUAAAGAGCUUUAACUUGAUUCAUUGAAUUUAUAAGUUCAGAUUUCAUGGUUUUCGUUUCAUCUAAUUUAUUAAGUUUCUUGGGGAUAUUUGAUCCUUAUAAUUGAUCCUAACGAUCUAUGCAAUAAAAGUACAGGUUGUAAUUUUAACAGAUUUUAGUCGGUUCGAUUCCCGGGUGUGGCAAGUGAAUUUUCGAAAAUCUUUGAAUGUAGUUUUCUUUCUAUUCAAAAAUAAAGGGAUGUUUUCUUUGUGUAAAAUUUUCUAUCGACAGUAUUAAGAGUACUUUCCGUUCAGGUGGCAUUACAAAAUUCCACGCUGUAUAUGUAUAGAUAAGUACUCGAAGUAGGUAAUAGACUGAUAUGUCCCGCUGAACAAUUUCGUAUGAGACUUUUCCGCCAAACUUUCGUAAAAGUCAAAGUCCAAUAAUAAUUUAUUCAAUUGGGUACAAUUCAAGUACUUUUUGAUUGUUGAAUUUGUAAGUUAAUGAUAUAUUUGUAUAGGUGAUAAUCAAUCACGUAAAAACUAAAGCUACUUUAACCGAAGUCUGGGUUAAGAAAAAUAUAGAGAGAGUCGGAGAUGGAGACGUUCUAGGGUUCCUCGAUGCUUCUCGAAAACAACAGAGUCGAAAACUAUUGAUCGGAAACGUUCAGCGCCGAAAAAAAAUAUUCAAAAUCUUGCGACCAAUCAAAAUAAAUAUUAUCUUCACACAAAAAUUCACUUUCAAGAAACUCCCCAGAACAUUUUGGUAUGCAUUUUUCUUUUUAACUACCUAUGCAUGUGUAGCGAAUUUAUAGGUGUUCCGUCAGAAAAACAAAAAUCUUUUGGUGAAUCAGUAAAAAAAAGAUAAUUAAAUCAAUACAAAAUACUACGGUUCUCAAAAACUAUAAGUCAAGUAAAAUGUGGACUGUGUAAGUAAGAUUAAUAAUACCUACUUGAAAACUUGGACUCUUUGGUGAACUGGUGAAUAAAAAAUUAUCAUCGAACAAAAAAAUAAGUCUCAAUAAAUAUAAAAAACUUUUUCAAAAAUAUUCCAGCUCAGCAUAAUGCUUUUUUUUCUUUUAAGAACUAUGUGCCAGAAAGCUGUGGGUACUAUUAACAUUAAUAACAAUAAUUUUAAGUUUGACCCUUCGGUGGCCGGACGAUAAAAACUUGUCACUGAAAAAAAAUAGAUUCCCAUACAAUAUAUAUCGAUCGUUUUAAGUUUUAUGCAGUAUUUGUUUAUCAAACUAAUUACUUUCAAAGAUUUUAUAAUAGAGCGAGUACUUCAGGUACUUAUUUCUGAAAACUCCUAACGUGUAGUAAAGAAAAACAAUACAAAAAAGAAGUUUGCGCGUCCCCGUGAUACUUAUCUAUAUUUAUUUAAAGCAGAAAAUACUCGACAUAUCAAUAAAAUGUAGCUCGAACCUAGCUAGAUUACAUUCUCUCUAUCAGUAGAUAUUCAUUGAAGUAGUACAAUGGAUUUCAACGGGACCUUUGAAAACUAAAUGCAUAUGUUCUCGGGAAAAGGUACCACUGCGUCUACAAAGUCGAGAUCUUUCUUCUGGAUGUUCUCAGUAGUCUAAUCUGUGAGUCUGAAGUGUUUCUUAGUUGAGAUCGGAAUCUAAAAUCGGUGCUACUGAAUUGUUGAGUGAAUGACAUUGUCGCGGACGCGGUGAGAUGAACACCGCCAUCCGGCGACCAGUGGCCGGGUGGUCGGAUCGUGUGCGGCGGCCGGGUCGCGGGCGCCGCAACAUCAAAUGUUGUAAUUUCGUGACACUCCAUUAGUCGCGGCUGACGCCACAAAUGUAAUUACGCCAUCAUUUUCAAAACAACACAAUUUUUUGGCAAUUAUAUUGUAAAGCUGGAGAUUGACUUGUAACGUUUUAGUGUAAUGUAUGGAACUUUUGCCUCAAACCGAACACUGACUUGAAACGUUACUUUGUUAUAUAAUUGCAAGUUAAUCUCCAGCUUUAAACACAAAAUGUUUGUAUUUAUUUUUAUAUGGAACACAAUUUUUGUGUCGUAUUGAUGAUUAUUUAAUGUCAGUUUGCUUAUAGAUUUAAUAAUAUGUUUGGUCAAUUAUAAAUAGGAAAUUCCUAUACCUACAACAAUUUUUGUCAUUUUAA